GUGUCCCUCUGAGAAGACUGAGCAAUGGGGAUCCGUCGUGGGAUGGUUUUCGGUAAUGCACGAGGAGAUUCACAAUAUUGACGUUUGUAGCCAUGUCAGCCAGUCAGCGAGACGCCGGGCGCGGUCAAUGAGUCCGUCUUCAACCCGAAAUCAUCUACGGGCAUACGUUACGUUAACAAGUCCCGCCUCCUGGCCGGUCUGCGGACUUCACACAGACAGUUGAGUGUUUCAUAAAAAUGCACUCUGAUGCGGCAAGUUUUCAGCUCAACUCCCAUCUGUCUCCUCUAGCCAGCAUCCACAGCAUCUACCACACCCUCCACAGGCUGAACAUAACAGAGGAGGUUGGACAGGACAGUCACUCCUCAGCCUGCUGUUCCAGAGCCAUGCCCCCCAGGAAAAAGAGGAGACCCACAGCCGGAGAUGACUUGACAGCUAAGAAGAGCCGCCAUGACAGUCUUCUCAGGAAGCAUGAGACACCCCAGAUCAGGGAGCAGGAAAGCUUCUCCAGUAAGAGAUGCCUGGAGUGGUUCUACGAGUACGCAGGCUGUGACGAUGCAGUGGGUCCAGAAGGGAUGGAGAAGUUCUGUGAGGACAUCGGAGUGGAACCAGAAAAUGUGGUGAUGCUGGUUCUGGCCUGGAAGCUGGAUGCCCAGAGUAUGGGCUACUUUACCCUUCAGGAGUGGCUUAAAGGCAUGGGCUCCUUACAGUGUGACUCCACAGAGAGGCUGAGGAACACUCUGGACUACCUGAGAUCCAUGCUGAACGACAAUACCAACUUCAAGCUCAUCUACCGAUACGCCUUCGAUUUUGCCAGGGAAAAGGACCAGAGGAGUUUGGACUUGAACACAGCCAAGUGCAUGCUGGGAUUGCUACUGGGGAAGACAUGGCCACUGUUCCCUGUGUUCAAUCAGUUCCUGGAGCAAUCCAAGUACAAGGUGAUCAAUAAGGACCAGUGGUGCAACGUUCUAGAGUUCAGCAGAACCAUCAACCUGGACCUCAGUAACUAUGACGAGGACGGAGCCUGGCCCGUGUUGCUGGAUGAGUUUGUGGAGUGGUACAAGGAGAGGGAUAUGUCCUAGUCCUGCAGCAACAACAAUAACAGCUCUUAAGAAACUACAACCACAGAGUAAACAAACAAUAUGGAGUAGCUGCAUGUGGGCAGUGGAAGGGGGUGGGGUGGGGGGUGGGACGGGGGUGGGGGGCCUGAAAGGGCCAUGGCAGAGACAACAACCACCUCUGGAAAACCAUUUCCUUACCAGUGUUGCAUUGUGGGAGGAGAACCCAUGGUCAGCUGGGACGCUGCUUCACUGUGAAGUGUGUGAUGAUACCAUCAGCCCUCGGCCCAGCUGGGAGGCUGUCCUAAACCAGGGCCCUUUGACCCGGGAACAUCUGAAUAUUGUAGAACCGUGUUGGACUCCCAUCUGUGCUUGUCCUCCAUAAAUGACAACAACCCUCAUUUUGUAUAGUUUCAGAGUGUUUGAGAUGGGAUUCUUGGAGAAGCACACUGUGUCAAAUGGCUGAGGUCAGGGGUCCAGGGUCGGGUGUGUUUACAGUCGUCCUAUGAUAAUUGAGCCUAGUUUCCCGCCCUUUUCUCUGAGCAGGGCGGGGAUUAUCUACCCCCCCAGGAUUGGCUCGACCUCGCACCACUAAACCAAUCAGAUUGCUGCUGACAAACUCUUAUUACGGCACAGCGGCAGCCCCCGCCAACCAGCACUCAUUGGUCACAUGACCAUUUGAUGUAUCCAUGGCAACGCUGUGGUGAUAGUAAGAGAGUUUCUUGUGCCUCAAAAAUAUGGAAGUCACUUUACGUAUUCAACUUGCAUAUAAACUUGCAGCACACACAUGCACACCCACAUGCACAGAUAUGCAUGAAUAUACACACACACACACACAUACAUGCGCACACAAACCCUCAGUGGUCAGGUAUAGAUUCAGGAUGUUGGGACUGUGUUCAGAGCUAAAAUGCAGCAUGUUUGUUUCUAUCUUUGUAACUAGCAAACAUCUUCCCUAGUUCGCUGGAGUUGUCGUCUUCUCACUCACUAGUCUCCUGCUCCCUCGUCCCCUGCUUCCUAGUCUGCUCAUCCCGAGUCGUCGCCUCCUCCCUCCUCUCCGUCUCACUCACGAGUCUCCUACUCCCUAGUGUUCUACUUCUCACUCACUAGCCUCCUGCUCCCUGGUCCCUUCCUCCCUGGUCUCAUCCUCCCUGGUCUCCUCCUUACUGGUCUCCUUCUUCCUGGUCUCCACUUCCCUAGCCCCCCUCCCCCUCUCCCCUCAAGGCUGUAGGUCCUAUGAGGAUGAGCAGAGCAGCAUGGGUGCAGCGCCAGCACCACCAGCCAGAGGUGGGCCCAGCCCCUCGGACGUCUAGGUGCAGCAUGAUGUUGAUGCUAUGCUAGCCAGGUUUAGCAUCGUGUUCAUGCUACACUGGCUAGGAGUAGUAUGGUGUUUAUGCUAUGCUAGCUAGGUUAAGCAUGGUGUUAAUGCUGUGCUAGCUUGGUGUAGCAUGGUGUUGAUGCCAUGCGAGCUAGGUGUAGCAUGGUGUUCAUGCUACGCUGUUCUGCUAGCAUCAAGUAACGUCUUAUUAACACUCGUAUAAACUUUAGUCUCUGGCUGUGAUGUGAUGCUGAACUGUUUUAAGGGUGGGAGUAAUUGCAUGCUCGCUCCAUCAGAGCCUUCUGUGAAUGGAUGAGAUUUUGUUUUGUACAGGAAUUUGUGCUGAAUUGUUGCUGUGUUUUGUAUGAUGUCCUCACUUAUGUCUUAUUACACACCUGAAAACCACCAACUGUGGAUGUUAACACAUAACACACCUCUCUCGCUCUCUUCCUUCCUCUCUCCAACUCUCACCUUCAACAUUCUCUCUCUCUCAUGCACACCCAAUUUCCCCCACUCUUUGUAAGCAUUAGUGUUUACAUCGUCAGACUAGCCACCACCCCACCUAUCAGGACUGUCAAGGAGCUCUCCCGGUGGAGGGUGAGAAGACCUGUAGGAGCUGGAGCCAGCUGUAGGACUGCUCACUAAUCACUUGCACAGAGACUAACUCUGAGCUGUCCGGUCACUCCAGGAGGGACUAACAGUUACGUUGUCCAGGCUGUAAAUACAGUGUGUACAGUAUGUAUGUGUGUGUUUUCACUGUAACCUAUCUCUCUAUACAGAUAUAAAGGGGUUUAUUAACUUAAA